AUGAGUGAUAUGGAUAAGUCGGAGUCUAUGGUUUUUGGUACAGCAAAACGUCUUGCAAAGGAUGGAAAUUCAUCUAUGUGUAUCCAAAUUGGAAGUGAUGUAAUUAGAAGUACCACUUCAUAUGUAUAUCUCGGUGUGAAGUUAGACCCAACGCUUAACUUUGGCCAGUAUGUGCACAAAACCUUCAAGAAAACAUCAAGUAAACUGAAAAUGCUCAAGAAGAUACGUUCUUCUUUGACAGUCCAGUCUGCUCGUAUGAUUUAUCAGUCCAUGAUUGUUCCAUUAAUGACAUGUUGUGAUAUGGUAACUUUAAAUCUACCUGGAUCAUGGUUAUCAAAGUUUGUCAAUUUGGAAAAUCGGGCAAAGAAGAUUAUUGCAAAUGGAUUAAGCAUUGAAAACGAUGAUUUAAAUAUACGUGACUUUUACUCGACACGCAUUUUUAACGCGGUUAUGGUGGUUUUUAAAUCUUUAAAUGGUCUAUCAUGUGAACCAUUUAAUGACUAUUUUCAAAUUAUGAGUCAUCAACAAAACACCCGGAAUAACGAUUAUUGUCUGCGACUACCGAAAGUCAAAUUGGAAGUUGCCAGGAAAGGGUUUUAUUUCCAAGGAGCUAUGGCUUUUAAUAAACUGCCUUUACAUGUCCGCCAGAUAAACUCCAUUGUACAUUUUAAAAGUGCUCUUAAGCAAAUGAACAGUUUUUAG